AUGGUGGCAGUGAGGCAAACGAAAAACAGCGUGGUGAUCAAGGUCGGAAUGGUCGGAGACGCUCAGAUCGGAAAGACCAGUUUGAUGGUCAAAUACGUGGAGGGCAGUUGGGACGAAGACUACAUUCAAACGUUGGGUGUAAACUUCAUGGAGAAAACGAUUUCUAUCCGGAAUACGGAGAUUACUUUUUCCAUCUGGGAUCUGGGUGGGCAGCGUGAAUUCGUCAAUAUGCUUCCCCUUGUCUGCAACGAUGCCGUCGCGAUCCUCUUCAUGUUCGAUCUCACCCGCAAGAGCACGCUGAACUCCAUUAAAGAGUGGUACCGCCAGGGCCGUGGUUUCAAUAAGACCGCGAUUCCUUUCCUCGUUGGCACAAAAUAUGAUCACUUUGUCAACUUUCCCCGGGAAGACCAGGAGGAGAUCUCGGUCCAGGCCAAGCGGUUUGCCAAGGCCAUGAAGGCCAGCUUGAUUUUUAGCAGCACCAGCCACAGUAUAAACGUACAAAAGAUCUUCAAGAUCGUCCUGGCGAAGGCUUUCGACCUGAAGUGCACUAUUCCAGAGAUCGAGAACGUCGGUGAGCCACUGUUGCUCUACAAGAACGUAUAG